CCCAAAACCCCAGGCAAUAGAAAAGCAAUCGAGUCACGAUAUUUCCGGGUCCUAUGACUUAUCAGGUGGUGGCCCGGUGGGAGGAGAUGGAGUUUAUGCUUUCUGUUUGAAUACUCGAAACGUGAAGCUGUCGGAUCUGAAGCACUUCUCCAAACUGUCUGAAGGAGAGGAAGUGCUCGGCAAAACUUUCUUCUCACAACUAAAAUUAGGAGUCGCGAGAGCUGACAGCAUGGCAGGCGGGUCUGUGUCGGAGUGUAAGGAGCAUUUGUUUAAAAUCUUGGUGAUCGGGGAAUUGGGUGUCGGGAAGACGAGCAUCAUCAAACGAUACGUGCAUCAGCUUUUCUCGCAACACUACAGGGCGACCAUAGGCGUUGAUUUUGCGUUGAAAGUCAUCAAUUGGGACAGCAAAACACUAGUGAGGUUACAGCUGUGGGAUAUCGCAGGUCAAGAACGCUUUGGGAACAUGACCAGGGUUUACUAUAAGGAGGCAGUGGGUGCGUUUGUUGUUUUUGACAUUACUCGAAACUCUACGUUUGAAGCUGUUUCAAAGUGGAAGCAUGACUUGGACAGCAAGGUGAAACUAGCCAAUGGUGAUCCAAUCCCUUCUGUCCUUCUGGCCAAUAAAUGUGAUCAGAAGAAAGACGGAUCCAACAGCACUUCUCUUAUGGACAACUUCUGCAAAGAAACUGGAUUUUUGGGUUGGUUCGAAACGUCAGCUAAGGAUAAUAUAAACGUUGAUGAAGCUGCUCGAUUCUUGGUGGAGAACAUUCUUCUAAAUGACAAAGGCCUUCCAUAUGAGGAGAACAAUGGUGACAGAAUUAAACUGGACCAACAAACUGUGCCUGCCGAGAGCAAGUCAGGGUGUUGCUAAUGCGGAUGCACUUGCCAGUCUCAUUAUAACCACAGUGGAAGCAGGAGGUCAGGGAACGAUGCCCCCACCCUACACUACCACCCCACCCUGCAUCCCGCAAGAGAGCACCUCUUACAUGGGUCACAUAGUGUACAUAACAAGAGGCUAACUCUUCUCAGUUUGUCCGCCUAAGGAAAAGACCUCAGUGCCAAAAGACAGUGUAGGAAACAUCUUUCUUAUGGCUUUUAAUAACCAGUUUAUCUGUGUCAUUCUUGGUCUGUGACAGUUUUGUAACAUGAAAUGCGGUAUGUAGUGUUUUUUUUUAAUGUAAAGCAGAUUAUUUGCUUCGUGAAUGUUUUUAAGAUUGCAAAUAAUGAAAGAAGCUUAAUAAAUGUCAAAGAAGCAGGCAAAUACUGGUAUAAGUAUUUGCCUGGAAAUAUAUUAAACUAUAACAAAAGGUAAGUUUAAAAAAAAUGACAAUUCUGUUAUUAUUUAUUCACCUUCUUGUCCUUCUAAGUAAAGACUUAAUACAACACAAAACAUAUUACUAAUAGCUAAGUGUCUUAGAAAAUUAUAGACUCAGAAAAAAGUGCACAAGUACUUAUAGUUUCUUGAGGCAGAGUAAAUAAUGACAGAACUUUCAUUUUGCAUGGAGCGUUUCUAAUGUUUUCUAGAAUGUGCCUCUCUUAGUGGGAAUAUCUUUCCCAAAUUUAGCCGAAAAAGAUGUCAAUUUAUGGCAAAAUAGUACAUAUAGUACCACGGCAUAGUAAAUAUAAACUGUGUCUGUCAGAAAAAACUGUGUCAUCAUCAAUCAUUAUGCUUCUAACAUCAAAUUAUCUUAAAUAAAUUAACUCCAUGUGGUUUACUCCAGGAGUACCUUCAGCUCAUGUUAUGUUCAAAUUUGAUGAUUUGUUUUAUUUGGUACUGAAUGAGGGAUGGGGCACCUGUUAUGCCUUUAUACUGCAAUAAAUAGAGGCAAAUAUGCCUUUGUUUCUUAACAGUGAGAAAUGAAUAAAACUUUUUACAAUAAAA